AUGGGUUUGUCGAUAUCGUCGCUGUUCACGUCCUUGUCGUCCCUCGUGCGGUGGAGUAAGGACCAGGAUGUGAGGAUAUUGAUGCUGGGGUUGGACUCUGCUGGCAAGAUCGGAGAAGUCGUCUCCACGAUACCUACCAUUGGUUUCAAUGUAGAGACUGUCCAAUACAAGAACAUCAAAUUCCAGGUUUGGGAUCUCGGCGGUCAAUCCAGUAUACGGCCGUACUGGAGGUGCUACUUCCCGAACACGUCCGCCAUCAUCUACGUGAUCGACUCCUCGGACCACGCCCGGCUGGCGACGUCCCGGACGGAGCUUCUCACCAUGCUCAGCGAAGAAGAGCUGAACGGUGUUCCCCUGCUCGUCUUCUGCAACAAGCAGGACGUCGACGGCGCGCUGAAGCCGGCGGAGAUCAGCGAGCAGCUCGGCCUCGCAGGCGGAGAGCGCCAGCGGGAGUGGAGCGUCCGGGGCAGUUGCGCGACCAAGGGCGAGGGACUAGAGGAAGGAUUAGACUGGCUGGUGAACGCCAUCCAGAAAAAGUAG